GCCUCAUAACCCCCAGAGCCCAUACGUGAGGUUGUAUGGUUUUCAUUACAUGCAUGUUUGGAUAAUAUAGAUAGCCUUUGGCGGCUUGAGUUCCGAAAUUAAUACCCUCAUUUUUGAGUGUUUCAUACAAUUUUUUUUUUUUUUUUUUUCAAUUUCUCUUGUGAAUAUACAUAUUUGAGUCCCUCCGUUUUUUCCAUUUUGUUCUUCAUUAUGAGAAUUUCAUUGAGUGGGUGUUGCAAGCAAGCUCAACCUCGGUUGAAUUUUCCGGCAGGCGGCAUCAUGGGCAUGGAAUCAUUCACCCCCCGCUGGCGUAAAGAGAAAGUGGUCAUCGUGAUGGGUGCAACCGGCACCGGAAAAUCCAAACUGUCGAUCGACCUGGCCACCCGUUUCAACGCUGAGAUCGUCAAUUCCGACAAAAUGCAAGUCUACCGCGGCCUUGAUAUAGUAACUAACAAGGUCACUGAGGAGGAGCAGUGCGGUGUGACCCACCACCUGUUGGGAGUGGUGGAUUCCGACGAUGACUUCACGGCGUCAGAUUUCCGGCGCCGAGCGUCACGCGAGGUGGAGUUAAUCGCUGACCGCCGCAAGCUCCCGAUCAUCGCCGGCGGCUCUAACUCAUACAUCGAAGCGCUCGUGGACGACGAUGAUCACGAGUUCCGAUCCAAGUACGAUUGCUGCUUCCUGUGGGUAGACGUAUCGUUGCCGGUACUCCACUCGUUCGUAUCCGAUCGGGUAGACCAGAUGGUCGAGGCGGGUCUGGUAGAUGAGGUGCGGAAGAUGUUCGAUCCGAACGCUGACUACACUCGCGGGGUUCGGCGUGCAAUCGGGGUACCCGAAAUGGACCGGUACCUACGUGCGGAGGACACGAUCGACGAUGAAGCACGUGCGAGGCUUCUGGAAGGCGCGAUUGAUGAAAUAAAAGCGAAUACUUGCAGACUAGCAUGUUGCCAGUUAGAGAAGAUCCAUCGGCUCCGUACACUCUCUGGGUGGGACAUCCACCGUCUGGAUGCCACCGAUGCUUUCCGAAUCAGAGGCAGCAGUGGGGCAGAGGAAGCGUGGGAUAAGCUCGUGGUGGGCCCCGCAGCUACUAUUGUACGCAGAUUCCUGUACGAAAACAACGAAUCCACCCCAGCCCUUGCUGUGGCCUUGAUCCCCAUUAAAACUGCUGUUGCAGCAGUGGGCCGUUAGAACGUGGGAACGAUAUGUGCCUGGGUUGCCACGUGGCAGCUCAGGAUUUGAGAUUGACAAUAAAAAUAAAAAAGGAGGUGGAUUGCGUGGUGGCCUGAUCACUAGGAAUACCCUGCUGUCAAGUUCAAGUUAUUUCUGACAGUCGACCAUUGCCCAAUCAAAUUGUGCCACCUCAGACACUUGGAUAUACCUAAUGAACGGGUCAUCAUACAAUCCGUUUCCCAAUAAAAAAAAAGAGUGUGGGUGUUGCUAUCAGAACCGUUAUUCACCUGAAUCUUGCACCGUACACGCGUGCGUUUCUAGAAUGCGUACGCAUGUUCGGAAUGUGUGGCUGUGAUGGAAUCGUACGCAUGUGGUCCCAUGCUGAGCUUGUUGAUUUUAUUUUUAUAGGAAUUCUGAAAAAGAGUGCGUAGGUUGGCGUUGUGCGUACUACAGCUUGAGUGA